AGUAGAAAAAAACAACAACCCAAUUAGGGCCUCCAAGUCUCUCCCGGUCCUCCCUGCCUCUCUCGUUGCUCACUCUGCCACCAUAAACGACUGCUUGCCUCUGUAAUAGUUCAAUUGAAUUCUCUGCUGUUUCGAUUUUCGCCCAAAAUCAAUGGGUUCUGUGAAGAGGAAAUCAGUAGAAGAGGAAAACCCAUCAAUGGAGUCUAACCCACCACCCCAAAAAGUGAUGAGAGAGAAUAGCAAUAGCGGCACCGUUGCCUGCUUUCAUGAUGUUUCAUACCCUGAUAGCUAUGUCCCUCGUUCUUCUACCUCCAAUUCAAGCUCUACCUCUACCCCUGCUAAGGAAUUCCCCUUCUCCCUCGACCCUUUUCAGGCUCAAGCUAUCAAGUGCCUUGAAAAUGGCGAGUCUGUUAUGGUGUCAGCCCAUACCUCAGCUGGUAAAACAGUUGUAGCAUCAUAUGCUAUUGCUAUGUCGUUGCGCAACAAGCAAAGGGUGAUAUAUACUUCCCCUAUAAAGGCUCUUAGCAACCAGAAAUAUCGAGAAUUUAAAGAAGAGUUUUCAGAUGUUGGUUUAAUGACAGGGGAUGUCACCAUUGAUCCUAACGCUUCUUGUUUGGUGAUGACAACAGAAAUUUGGCGAAGUAUGCAAUAUAGAGGAUCUGAAAUUACAAGGGAGGUGGCAUGGGCAAUAUUUGACGAGGUUCAUUAUAUGCGUGAUAAGGAGCGAGGUGUGGUAUGGGAGGAAAGCAUAGUGAUGGCUCCAAAGAACUCCCGGUUUGUGUUCCUUUCAGCAACUGUACCUAACGCUAAGGAGUUUGCAGAUUGGGUUGCAAAGGUUCACCAGCAACCAUGUCAUAUUGUUUAUACAGAUUAUCGGCCAACACCACUUCAACACUAUAUAUUUCCUUCAGGUGGAAAAGGCCUGUACUUGGUGGUGGAUGAGAAGGCCAAAUUUCGUGAAGAUAGUUUCCAGAAAGCCUUGAAUGCUUUAGCUCCUGGUGGGGGUGAAAAGAAGAGAGAGAAUGGGAAGUGGCAAAAGGGUGUGGUCGUUGGUAAGUUGGGAGAAGAAAGUGAUAUAUUCAAAUUGGUGAAAAUGCUUAUACAGCGUCAGUACGAUCCUGUUAUAUUGUUUAGCUUCAGCAAAAGAGAGUGUGAAUUUCUUGCCAUGCAGAUGGCAAAGAUGGAUUUGAAUGGGGACGAUGAGAAGGUUAACAUAGAAACUAUUUUCUGGAGUGCGAUGGACAUGCUAUCUGAUGAUGACAAGAAGCUUCCUCAGGUUACAAAUUUGUUACCUCUCUUAAAGCGCGGAAUAGGAGUUCAUCAUUCUGGCUUGCUGCCAAUUCUGAAGGAAGUAAUUGAAAUUCUUUUUCAAGAAGGGCUUAUCAAGUGCUUGUUUGCAACAGAGACCUUUAGCAUUGGUUUGAACAUGCCUGCGAAGACUGUUGUGUUUACAAAUGUCCGUAAGUUCGACGGAGAUAAGUUCAGAUGGAUAUCCAGUGGAGAAUAUAUACAAAUGAGUGGUCGUGCUGGUCGGCGAGGUAUUGAUGAGCGUGGGAUAUGCAUUUUGAUGGUAGAUGAGAAGCUUGAACCUUCAACAGCCAAGAUGAUGCUUAAAGGAAAUGCUGAUAGUUUGAACAGUGCCUUUCAUCUGAGCUACAACAUGAUUUUGAAUCAAUUACGGUGUGAAGAUGGUAACCCUGAAAAUCUGCUUCGCAAUUCCUUCUAUCAGUUUCAAGCUGAUCGUGCAAUUCCUGAUUUGGAGAGACAUGCUAAACAACUUAAAGAGGAGAAGGAUUCAAUUAUUAUUGAAGAAGAAGAAACCUUGAAGAACUAUUACUCUUUAAUUGAGCAAUACAAAAGUUUAAAGAAAGAUGUGCGCGUUAUUGUUUAUUCUCCAAAGUAUUGCCUACCUUUCUUGCAGCCUGGAAGACUUGUGUGCAUUGAAUGCACAAAAACUGAUGAGGACCCGCCAUCUUUCUCCAUUGAGGAUAAUGUGACAUGGGGUGUUAUUAUAAAUUUUCAAAGGAUUAAGAGUACUUCUGAAGAUGAAAGCAGUAAAAAGCCAGAGGAUGCAAGCUAUACUCUUGAUGUUCUUGCAAAAUGUAUGGUGAGCAGAGAGGGUGGUGCAAAGAAAACUACUAAAAUUGUUCCACUAAAGGAUCCCGGAGUGCCUGUUGUAGUGUCUGUUCCACUUUCUCAGGUUUACAAUUUGAGUUGCAUACGUGUGAUCAUGUCCAAGGAUCUUUUGCCAUUAGAGGCUCGAGAAAACACCUUGAAGAAGGUAUCAGAAGUUAUUUCCAGGUGUUCUAGAGAGGGGGUUCCUUUGCUAGAUCCUGAAGCAGAUAUGAAGGUUCAAAGCAGCUCAUACAGAAAAGCUGUACGUAGAAUUGAAGCAUUGGAGAGUCUGUUUGAUAAGCACGAAGUUGCAAAGUCUCCUUUGAUUAAGGAGAAGCUUCAAACUUUGCAUAAGAAGCAAGAACUUGCUGCCAAGAUAAAGUCUAUUAAGAGACAGAUGCGUGCCUCUACUGCCUUAGCAUUUAAGGACGAGCUCAAAGCAAGGAAACGGGUUUUGAGACGGCUUGGAUACGUUACCAAUGAUGAUGUUGUGGAGUUGAAGGGGAAGAUUGCCUCUGAAAUUAGUAGUGCUGAUGAGUUGACGCUGACAGAGCUUAUAUUAAAUGGUGUUUUCAAGGACAUAAAGGUUGAAGAUAUGGUGGCCCUUUUGUCAUGUCUUGUAUGGCAAGAAAAACUUCAAGAUGCUCAAAAACCUAGAGAAGAACUUGAGCUGCUUUUUGCACAAUUACAAGAUACAGCUAGGACGGUUGCCAAAGUCCAGCUUGAGUGCAAGGUCCAAAUUGAUGUGGAGAAUUUUGUGAGCUCAUUCCGGCCUGAUAUAAUGGAGGCAGUCUAUGCUUGGGCAAAAGGAUCCAAAUUCUACGAGAUCAUGGAAAUUACACAGGUUUUUGAGGGGAGCUUGAUUAGGGCUAUCAGGAGAUUGGAAGAAGUCCUUCAGCAACUCAUUCUCGCAGCUAAAUCUAUUGGGGAGACGGAGCUUGAAUCUAAGUUUGAAGAUGCUGUCUCGAAGAUCAAGAGGGAUAUAGUAUUUGCUGCAUCUUUAUAUUUGUGAUUGCACAAGUUUGAAAUUUUUCUAAACAGUUUAUAGCAUAUAUAUAAGGAAAAGAAGCCCGUCCUUUCGUGGAGACUACCCGAAGAACCAAUUUGAGGGCUCAAUUUUCGCAUGGAAGAAGAUACUGCAACGCACUCAAGACAGUUCCAAGUGAUGCAGUAAUUUUUGUGCACAACACCUUUAAUUGAUUAUGAGGUCCUUUUGUAUCUUUCAAUUUGUUUUUUUGUUAACUUAUUCGGGGAAAAUCAAUAUAUUAGCCAGAAUUAAGUACAAUCACUUUUUUGUUCUCUAUUUUUCUUCAUUGUUACGAUCAUCUUUUGAAUUACCAUUAGUUCUCUGUUUAAGGGUGCA